AUGGCAGAUGAUGAGCAGGAUCCUAAAGAAUAUAGAUGGGAGACGGGUUAUGAGAAAACUUGGGAAGCUAUCAAGGAAGAUGAAGACGGUUUGGUGGAAGGCCUUGUCGCCGAAUUCGCACAAAAAGCAGCUCGCAAAGCUAUUGCUCCAAAACGUGGGCCGGUUCGUCUUGGUAUGAUGAGACAUUUGCUGGUCGCAAUAGACUGUUCCGAAGCCAUGACAUCUCAGGAUUUAAAACCUACGAGAUUUCUUUGCACCUUAAAGCUCCUAGAAAAAUUUGUGGAAGAAUUUUUUGAUCAAAAUCCUUUGAGUCAACUUGGUAUAGUUACAAUGAAAAAUAAAAGGGCUGAAAAAAUUACAGAAUUAUCUGGAAAUGUAAGAAAACACAUCAAAGCUGUUCAAGGUCUAUCAAAUCUUGCAUUAACAGGAGAGCCCUCUCUGCAGAACACUCUAGAGUUAGCAGGAAGAACAUUAAGGCCGUUACCUGGACAUGCAUCGAGAGAGCUCCUUGUUUUAUUUGGUUCACUUACUACAUGCGAUCCCGGAGACAUAAAUACCACUAUACAGACUCUAAAAACUGAUGGUAUUAGAUGUUCUAUAAUCGGUCUUGCAGCGGAAGUGAGGAUAUGUAAGAAAUUAUGCCAAGAAACUGGUGGUGAAUAUGGGGUGGUAUUAGAUGAUGUUCAUUACCGCUCAUUGCUGUUAGACCAGACCUCUCCCCCAGCCAGAGCGCGCGCUCUUGACGCAGGUCUUGUUAAAAUGGGCUUCCCUCACACACCUCAACCAUCAUCUGAUCAGCCGGAGUCUGAUCCACCGAUAACAUUAUGCAUGUGUCAUCUUGAGGAGGGCGAGGGUGUGGUUGGCGAGGGUCAUCUUUGUCCUCAAUGUCGCAGCAAGUACUGUUCACUGCCGGCUCAGUGUCGGACAUGUGGACUGACACUCGCAUCAGCACCACAUCUAGCCAGGUCAUAUCACCAUCUAUUUCCUGUGGAGCCUUUCGAGGAAUUACCGAAUGAGGGUCAAGCUCAAUUCUGUUUUGGAUGCCUCAGAUCAUUCACAGACAAUGAUAAACAGAUAUAUCGUUGUCGUCGCUGUACUGAAUAUUACUGCUGGGAGUGUGAAGGCGUGGUGUCUAGUACACUUCAUGUUUGUGGUUCUUGUGCCUCGAGGCCGCAGCUUUACCAGAGAUUACCAACGGCUGAAGGGAAAGACUGA